AUGCAUUCUAAUACCAACCCGCAAAAUGCCCUGACCGACUGCCCGGUCGAGAUCUUGCUAGACAUAUUCUCGCAUCUGGAUCUUGACUCCAUCUUCAACUUUUCCCUUAUUUGCAAGAGUUUUCAUGGCGUUUUCAACAAGAACAAAAUAAUGAUCCUUCUCGAAGCCUUGUCGAAAGAGUUCAGCCCGUUUGACGAGCUGCUCCAAGUUUAUACGGCCACGGAUGAGGACAUGAAAAGCCGAACUUGCUAUCAGCCUCGCACGGUCAUAUUCAAGCGCUUUCCUGGCGAUACCGGCUACACGAUUGGACCUCAAAUAGACAGCAUGCAUUAUGGCGCCAAUCCCUCCCCAAGAAUCAAUAGACAAGCCAUCCCAAUGACUCGCAAGGCCUGCGGCCUUGCGAGCAGUGGUGUCGCGAUGUUGACGGAGGAUGACUUGGGGUCUAUCCUGCGCAUGUGCCGGCUGGUCCGCCAGUGGGAGCAACUCUUUCCGCAGAUGCGAUGGUUUUAUUACCCAGCAGACUGCCGGGCACUGAAUGAUCAAGAACUGCCAAGAUUCCGGCGCGCUUUCUACCGAUGGUGGCUCUAUGGCACGUACUUCCAUGGUGAAUGGACGCGUCCCCAGGCUGGUCACCCCAUGCCUUUUGUGCUCGAUGUGAGGACAAGCCAAAUGCGGCGCCACUCGACUGCAGAGCUCAUGGAGCUUCUCGAUCUGCACGAGACAAUGAAAGAUGUCAUUUUGCACUACAUUUGCCCCCGACUGGACCCUACAUACCAGCUGUCGUGCGAUCCCCUGCCGCUGAUGGAGCAAGUGAGCAGGGAGCAUUCUCUCAAUGCCAUGUGGAACGAUCAAAGCAAAUGGGCGCGAAUCGUCAAGACAUAUGCCAAGUUGAGCCCCGAAGAGCUGAUGCACUACUUUGAGAAUAUCUACAGCUACAGCCGAAAGCGCCUCAUUACUGAGAUCCGUCUGCAGCGUCCGACCUUUAACCUUGACCAAGAGUCGCUCCAGGGCGUUAUUCGAUGCGUGCUUGAAGAGCGUCAGCUACUGGAUAAUCUGCCGAUUAUUCCAGAGGACUGCGAAGGUGGCAUCCUAGACUUUGGUGACGGAAGGGAAGCGCAACGCUUAGAGUAUGGGCGUGAUGGAAGGGCGGAUGGCACGCUUCCGCCUGGCGUGCCACCGGUGCGCCAGUUCUCACGAUACUCUCCGCGUGGAGAUGAUGGUGAAUUCUUGGAGGACGAAAUGCAUAGCGUGUUUGAAGCACAUGGGUACACUGCCAUGUUACGAGCAUAG